UGUAAAUAGUCCGAGCUGUCACAUUUUAACAGGUUGUCUCCGGAUUUCUCUCAUGGUUUAUGCAGCUAAUAUGCAGUUCUAGAAUGUCUUACAAAACUGUCGGAGUCCUCGGUCGUGCUCUUCUGCAAAGUGGCAACAGGACCCCACCUCUUGUGAGGUCCAGAAAACUUCAGAAUUAUUCCAGUAAAUGUUCGUCCUGCGGUGUCACUAACCAAGAAGGGAAAUAUAAACAGACGAAUGGUAAACCAUGUUCAUCGGGUUCGCCGACUUCCCCCGCCGUUCACAGGCAUCCAGUGGGCGGCAAAAAGCGCACCGAGGAGAAGCUGAGUUUAUCAGGAAGGUCCUACUCUUCAACCGCCCUUAAGGUAGACCAGAGGGCCUACCUGUGGGCAAGAUACAAUGAGUUGAAACGUCUGGUACAUGACCUGAUCCCUCCUGGCGUGUGCACGUUGCUCAACUCCUCCACCAUCUACGCCAACAACGAGGUGAGCCUGGCCGAAGUGGACAUCUACGGCUUCGACUACGAUUAUACACUGGCCCUCUACUCCAAUGCCCUCGACUCCAUGAUCUACACUAAAGCACGAGACUUCCUCAUCGAGCACUACAAGUACCCUGAAGGCAUCAGAAAAUAUGACUACAUUCCUAACUUUGCCACUCGAGGGCUUCACUAUGAUAUUCAGAAGGGUCUUCUGAUGAAGAUAGAUGCCUUUCACUAUAUUCAGCUAGGAACAGUUUAUCGCGGUCUGAGACCUGUGCCUGAUGAGGAAGUUCUGCAGCUGUAUCAGGGCACCCAUCAUGUCCCCCUGAACCACCUCAGCGGCUUCUAUGGCAAGGGCCCAAAUGUGAAGCACUUCAUGGAUGUCUUCUCCCUGCCAGAGAUGACCCUGCUGGCUGUGGCCAAUGACUACUUCCUCUCCAGCAACAUCGAGUACGACCCUGUUCACCUCUACCGAGACGUGUCGGAAGCUAUUGGAAUGGUACACAUUAAAGGCUACAUGUAUAAAUGGAUCAUGCAGGACUUGGAGAAGUACAUCUUAAGAGGAGAGGAGACGUAUGCUGUCCUACACCGUCUGGUCAGCCACGGGAAGAAGCUUUUUCUCAUCACCAAUAGUCCCUUCAGCUUUGUAAAUAAGGGCAUGACGUACAUGGUGGGCAAGAACUGGAGGGACUUCUUUGACGUGGUCAUCGUUCAGGCAGACAAACCCCAUUUCUUUAACGACUGUGUCAAGCCAUUCAGGCGUUUGGAUGGCAACGGGGACCUUCAGUGGGACAAGAUUACCAGCCUGGAUAAGGGACAGGUGUACAAACAGGGGAACCUCUUUGAUUUCCUCAAACUUACAGGCUGGAGGGGGUCUAGAGUUCUGUACUUUGGUGACCAUCUCUACAGUGACCUGGCGGACUUGAUGCUUCGCCACGGCUGGCGUACAGGAGCCAUUGUGCCAGAGCUGGAGCUGGAGACCAAGGUGGUGAACACAGAGCAGUACGCCCAGAGCCUCACCUGGCUGCAGGCCCUCACUGGCCUGCUGGAACGCAUGCAGAUGCAUCGGGACCCUGAUUCUGUAGAGGUCCUCCUGGAAUGGAUGCAAGAAAGAGAGGAACUACGGCAAAAGACGAAGAACCUGUUCAACCCCCAGUUUGGCAGCAUCUUCCGCACGUGCCACAACCCCACGUACUUCUCGCGGCGCCUCUGUCGCUUCUCGGACCUCUACAUGGCGUCGCUGAGCUGCCUGCUGAACUACGACCUGUCCUACACCUUCUACCCGCGCCGCACGCCGCUGCAGCACGAGGCGCCGCUGUGGAUGGACCAGCUCUGCACCGGCUGCAUGAAGACGCCCUUCCUGGAGGAGAUGGCCCACAUCCGAUAGAUAGGCACCCACAACCAGCAGAGGUGGAACACUCCGACUCUAGAGAGAAAAAAGUCUUACCAUGUAUCGGUUCUAACCUGUGCACUCCGCACAGGUGGGUUUACUAUAGCUAGUUGAACUACCUGGCUGAAGAAUUGUGCUAAUUUAUAAUCAGCUGAUUUAGUGAAUGGUGGAACAAAUAUGUGGUAUGACCUUGACCUUCUGAAGCCAGAGUUUCCACUUCUGACCAGGGAGGAGAAAGGAGACCCCCACACACACACACACACACUAGCCCAAAUCAGGUCUGGAUCUGGCACAGUGUUGGCUCCUCUCUCACUGAACCCAGGGAAGGACCGGAGCACACGAAUAGCAUUGACUCUGUUGACUCUAAGGAAGACACCGUGUAUUGAAACAUUAGUCGCUUGCACCAUUAAAGUCUGAAAAAGCUAAUUGUGUGCUCUGGUCCUUCCCUGGGUUCAGACACAUGAAGUGACCCAGGACCUGCUGCUGAUUCUGUGGUCCUGCUCCGUUGAGCUCUGAAGGGCUAGAGCACUAGUAAUAUUCAUUCCAUUCCAUUCCAUUCAUUCAAUGGUGUUUAGGUAUUAGUAGAGUUGUAUCUCCCAGGUAUAAAAAGAACUUUGAGAAAGGAACAUUGAGGUGACGUAGUGAUGCAACAUGUUUGGGCCAAAUGUCAUUUGCACACUAACGUGACCUCCAGCAAACUGCACUUACCUGUCCCCGACAUCUACAUUUCCUCCUUCCUACUUUUACACAAAGAUUUCCCUCCUCUUUAGAGUCCACUUGGAGAACCUAUGAAUUUGGCCACAUCAGAUGAGUUCAUAUGUGGACCAGAAUCAGAGAAAUAACUUUCUUUUAAAACGCCCUGAAACAUUCACAUUUCCAACCGUUAAGCUGAUUGGCUAAUUGGCUACUUGGAAGCCUGUGUGAAUAGAGAUAUUAGUGUUAAUAUUAAUGUUGUUCUCAUCAUAGCAGAUCUCUCACAUGUAUUAUCUAGAAUGUUAGGAAGUCACUGGGAAUAUCCUCUACUGAAUGGUUUGUGUAGUAUUUCUAAGGUUUAGUUGCAUUAUAUCUGUUUUUGUACACCAACCUUUGAUGUUGUAAAUGAUGUUGUGAUGAUGUGAUAGAUGUUGUUUUUGUUUGUUUACAUUUUAUUAGCUGCUAUUUUUAAAGCAUAAAGUUUUCACUUUAUGCUUUAUGUGAUGUUGUAUGAGCAGUGGUGAAAAUGCAUCUUGAAUGCAGAGAUGCCAUUUUUCUCCUUUGAACGCACAAUUUAUCUGAUUAUGUAUUUUUUCCCCCUACAAACGCACAAUUUAUCUGAUUAUGUUUUUUUUUUUGCUGAUUAUGUAUUUUUUCCCAUUUUAAACGCACAAUUUAUUUAAGAUCCAAACUGUAUACUGAUAACCAAAGCAGAGGCACUGUGCAUUUUUGUAUUUGAAAUUGACCUUAAGUGCCCAUUUAUAAUCAUUUGAAGACAUUUACCUUUGCAAGACUUUACAGGACUAACUGUAAAGGAGGAUCUGAGACAGAUCCAGUUCUGGUUGGAGCCAGACUCUACAGUAACCUAGCCAGAGAACUGAUGUGAAGAUGCCUUAGUCAGGCGGAGAUUUUAAGCAUGGACAUAAAUUACUAAAAUAGCCUAGCUGUGGGGAAGUCAUUGGAUACAUAAUAAGAUGGUAAACACAAUUUUAGAUACCAUAGAAAGGUCACUGGCUAACAGCCCCACAGAACAGAAGUUUUAACCCAUCUGCACGGUAUUAUGGGUUCAAACAAUAUUGUGCCCCUGCCCCCAAUCACAGCAUUAGCUUGUUCUUUUUUGCCCAACAGGUAGGCUACUAUGCACAAACUUCAUGUAAGGAAAGGAGUAGUGGUAUUGUGUCUGUUUCAUAUCUAAAUUCAUUUACUAGAGAGCUCAAACCAAUGUGCAAUAAUUAGUCUGUGCUUAUAGGUCAUUGUGUCAUGUAUUUGCAUUGUAGCCUUUAGUCUCAGAUUUUAGAUGGGCCUAUCUCCCUUUUAAAUUCUUCAUGCCAUACUUAAUUAUGUAAGCCUAAUCAUGAUAUGGACUAGGACAUAAGAAUCAGUGAAA